GAUGACGAUGAGAAUCAGAAAGGCGGAAAGAAGAACAAGGAGGAGCUAGUUGAUCCCUUGAAUGCCAACCUAACUGCGAUGAAAGACGAGGAAAGAACAGACAAAAAUGUUAACAUGGCUAAUUUAGCCGAUUCGAGUAGGGCACAUAUGAAAGGAAACGCAAAAGAAAUGUUAAAUGAGCUUAACGAUGUUAAUCUAGCUGAUAAAAAGAGCGAAAAAGAUGAAAAGAAGAAAAAAUCUUCCAAAGCAAAUGAAGAUGAUUUAAUUAAUACGAUUGAUGUUCAAAAUGCUAGUCUAAAACAAAAGAAGGAAGCAUUGUCUGGGAUCAAGGAAGCAGAGCUAAGUGAAAAGAAAAAUGAAGAACCAGAAGCAAAGGACAAGAGCAAAGAUGAGAAAGGUGAGAAAUCGAAGCUUAAAUCUAGUAAAUUGAAGGCAAAAGAUGCCAAAAAUAGUCUGCAUGAGGAAAAAUGGUCCAAAAUGGCAUCUCUCAAUGCCACCACGGAUAAAACCACCAAGUCGUCGCUCGCUUCAACUUCAAAAGAUGAUGAGGAUGAUGAUAAGAAGAAGAAGAGCGAAUCGAAACAUCACAAAGAUUCGCAUCAUGGCGAGACUCUCAACGAGGCCAGAGGAACGUUGGAUACGUCAAAUAUGCUCGGUAAGUCCGGCGCACUUAGUUCUAUCGGUGAAUAUGGAAAUACUCUGCUGGGACACAAUAGCUCGUUAAGUGUUCCCACAUCGGACAGCUUUUAAGAAAUAAAAUUUUUUGGCUACUUGUUUGCCGAUGAUUUUGAUUUUCAUUGUGCUAGCUAGCACUUUACG